GGCCAUGAUACAACACGUUCUGCACUGCCCUGCGAGCGUCGUUCUCGUCAAGACCAUAUAUGUAGUGUCUGAUCACGAGCCCCCUCUCGCAUCUCGAGAGCACUCACCUUCACUCGAGGACUGGCUUCCUUAGAAAUUCCCUCCAUUGCCUUUACUCUAUCAUUCGAAAGCAGAGUCUGAAGAGAUGAAGCUGCUGGUCAUACUCCUCAUGCUGGCUCACCCACUGGCGAUCAUUGCUACCACCGCACCGAUCCAGACAUACAAUGCGCCAGCCGCUCAAAUUCCGGGUCAGACAACAAGCGAAGGUCACUUCUCUACUAGAAGCACCGUAGGCAGUCUCGCCGCCAGGAGCGGUGACUCAGAUCCGCCAUUCUACCCUUUGGAUACUCCAGGCACAUCCCAAGCGACAUCCCAUCGACUGCCCCUCCCUCCGCCCGGCAUGAAGCAGCCUGUGGGUAGUCGCUACCACCCUCUGCCACCUCCCCCGAAGAGUCAUAGCCAGCCACCGCGAAAGACAAGAUCAGAUAUCGGGCCCGAAAGACCUGCCUACCCUUUGCCGCUGCCCAAGACCUACUCUGCUGACUUCAGCAGCAGUCGCCAUCAGCCGAGACGAAGGCCAAAAAAAAUGCUGGCGAAAGUAUUCAAGAGCAUGAAGAGCUUCAAGAAGCUGUUUGGAAGAACGUAGAAUUCGUGGUGUCUAGGUGCUAUCGGGGCGCUGAGCUUCUGAGCUCAGCUCACCAUGUCGCCAGGCUGGCGAUCAGAGUGCAGCUGGUUAUCCUGCCCUCGCCUUUUGUGAUUCGCCUGCUGGACAGGAGGGUUCUUUGUUCGAAGUAUUCAACAUCUUUGCGCACGAAUUGAGCAACCACCAUAGAGAUCCGCUGCGAUG